AUGGAAAUGCAAUUAAGCUGUUUUAAUAAAAAAUAUCCAGCACUUAGAUGGAAAUUUAAUACAAUAUCAAUUAUAAUGUUGAUUUGCACAAUUUUUCAACACGUUUGGUGGGUUUUUAUUCAAAUUUCGUUACAAAAAUCAUCAAAUACCUCGAGUGCUUGUAAAGAAGACUGUUUCGAGACUGAUAUCAUUGGAAACAAACAUCACACUUCAGGAGAUUUUAUCCACGUACUCAGUGGAAUAAUUCAAUCAAUAAUAUCAAUUUUUCCACGUUGUGUUUCAAAUUUUACUGAUCUUUUUAUAGUUCUGAUAUCAACAGGACUUGCUGAACGAUAUAAAUUAUUAAAUAAACUGGUAAUUAAAUCAAAAAUUUGGAGUAAUUAUGAUGACUAUUGGUAUGUACUCCGAGUGAAUUAUGGAAUUUUAAAUAAUUUAGUAAAAGAAACAGACAAAAUUAUUUCUCCAUUGAUUCUUAUAUCGUGUGCACAUAAUUUUAUUUACAUAUGUAUUGAAUUAUUCAUUGGACUAUCACUAAAAAAUGAUGUACCACUAGUUACAAUUUAUUCAUUCUAUGCAUUUGCUUUUGUUGUAAUUAAAACAAUUGGAGUUAUGUUUGCAGCAUCAAGGAUUCAUGAUAACAGUAAAACAAUUUUAUCUACAAUUUAUCGUUGUCCAAGUUCAAAAUAUACCAAAGAGACCGAGCGAUUGUAUAACAUAGUGUCAAAUGAUAAUGUCGUUUUAACGGGAAUGAAUUUUUUUUUCAUUACACGAAAUUUCAUACUCACAGUGGCUGGUACAAUUGUGACAUAUGAAAUAAUUUUACUACAAUUAUCAACGAGAACUGCGGCUAAAUAUUGAUUUUAAAAUAUUACUGUAUAGUAAUAUUACUA